GGUAAACAAAAUUUUAUAUAAACAAAUUUUGUCAAAAUGGCGAUGGAAUGGAUAACAGCUAUGGACAAACGUCCUUGUGAUCGCAACCUACGUGAUGUGGAACUAAUAUCCUGUCGCUUGCGACGCGUGGAGCCGCUCUGUCGCCUGCCAGGGUCAGCCUUGCAGCAGUUGGCCAUGUGCGGCUUCUACGAGGACUUGGAGAAGGGCGUCACACUUUUUCGCGCUGGCGAACAAGGACGCUUUUGGUAUGCAGUGCUCGGCGGCUCAUUGGAGGUGCGCUAUCACGCCCAUUCCGAUGCCGAUGGAAAGAGCUCCGUCACUUUGUGUAAUCUUGGCGUGGGCGCCACAUUUGGCGAAUCAAUACUACACGACCUGCCCAGGGACAGCACCGUCGUGACGAAGACAACCUGCGAGCUGCUACGCGUCGAACAGCAGGACUUUCGACUCAUCUGGGAGAAAAACAAGGAGUUGAUGAAUGACAUUAUUACCAAUUGCAAAAUAAAGAACGGUUUUGGUCCCGGCGUACAACCAGCAGCUGCCACUUCGCCCACUAAACGCCCACUCAGUCCGGAUCAUCCCAAUCCAGCGUUGCCCAUUACCGAGACGCCGAGUCCUGCUAUGAACCGCAUGGGCUGGGCGCUGCGCACAUUACUGGUGGUCGAUAACUCAAGCUGUCUGAAGGAUCGCAAGGUCUCGGGCAAGUUAAUACGCAAGUGUGCGCCCGGCACAGAGCUCGUCGAUUGGCUGGUCAACUUGGCACCGAUUGUACACACACGCGCCCAAGCGGCGGGCAUGUGGCAGGCCCUGCUCGAAGAAGGCGUACUGACACAUGUUAACAAGGAGCAGCCGUUCAAGGAUAAAUGCUUUCUGUAUCGAUUUCGCUUGGACGAGGAAGGCGGCGCUGCGGCAGCCGGCACACCAUCUGCUGAGGAUCUGAAUGCGGCUAAUGAGCACAUACGUGAGGCACUGAGUGCACUCUUUCAGCGUGGUCCCGAUGCAACGUUGCGCAUGAUAUUGCGCAAGCCUUCACACGAACGCACACCCGAGGAACUGGAAUUGGUAUUCGAGGAGCUUGUCCAUAUAGCUGCCCUCUCUCAUCUAUCGACUAGCAUCAAGCGUGAGCUAUCCUCAAUAAUUGUAUUCGAGGCCCACGCACAGGCGGGCACCAUAUUAUUCAAUCAAGGCGACGAGGGGCGCUCCUGGUAUAUUUUACUCAAAGGCUCUGUGGAUGUUGUGAUACAUGGCAAAGGCACUGUUGCCACACUGAAGACUGGCGAUGAUUUUGGCAAAUUGGCUUUGAUUAACGACGCACCCAGAGCUGCCACAAUUGUUUUGAAGGAGAACAAUUGCCAUUUGCUGCGCGUGGAUAAGGAGCACUUCAAUCGCAUUCUGCGUGAUGUUGAGGCCAAUACAUUGAGAUUGCAGGAGCAUGGCAAGGAUGUUUUAGUGCUCGAACGCGUGGCCAAACAACGUGGACAACAUUCGGCUUUCAAAUAUACCGUGAUGUCGGGCACACCAAACAAAAUGCUAGAGCAUUUGUUAGAGACGCGCCUAGGACAGACUGUCAGCGGCAUGGAUCCAUUUCUGGAUGACUUUCUGCUCACGCACAUUGUGUUUAUGCCCGUGGUGCAGCUCGUCGAUGAAUUGGCCAACUACUUUCAUUGCGAUGCCCAUGAGGAGGCGCAAACGCCCGAGGAUCGUGAAUAUAUAAUCAACUUCAAGAAGCGCGUCAUCCAGUUCAUGCAAAAGUGGGUCAUGGCAGUGCGACACGCCGCAUUUGAGGAGCCAAGCGUUUGCGAUUUCAUAGAGGACUUGGCCGCCGAGGUGGAGGCCGAUCCGGACCUGAACGAGGAGACGAGCAUCAUACACAAUGUGCUGACACAAAUGGCACGCUAUCAGGAGGAUCGCAAUCAGAAUGCGGGCCAAAAGUGGAAGCUGCCAACGAAUGGCCAGCCGAUUUGUCUAUUCAGUGGCAAUGCCACGCCCUCAAAGACGGUCAUAAGGCCGGACGAUGACAUCAUUUUCCGUGUUUACUGUGCGGACCACACCUACUGCACUCUGCGCUUCCCCAUGCACACCACCGCCGAGCUAAUCAAGGCCUGCGCCGCCGACAAGCUGCAAUUGAAUCGCGGCCCCGACGACCUCUGCCUGGUCGAGGUCAAAUCGAAUGGCGAACGGUCCGUAUUCAAAGAUAACGAUGUUAGCAUACCCACCGGCCUCACGCUCAAUGGCCGUCUCUUUGUGUCCGUCAAGGAUCAUCUGGAUGCCUUGACUCCGCUGCCGGAACAGGAAUGCCCCACAGAGGGUGUUGACAUUGAUUUGGAAAUCUUGAGCACCAAAGAGCUGGCCUAUCACAUCACCAUCUUUGAGUGGGAUUUGUUCUGGGCCGUCCAUGAGUACGAGCUGCUCUAUCACACAUUCGGCAGGCAUCACUUUGGCAAGAUUACGGCCAAUUUGGAUGUGUUUUUGAGGCGCUUCAAUGAGGUGCAAUACUGGAUUGUCACCGAGCUCGUCUCAACGCCCAGCCUGAGCAAACGCGUCGGCCUCGUACGCAAAUUCAUCAAGCUAGCCGCUUACUGCAAAGAGUAUCAGAAUCUGAAUGCCUUCUUUGCCAUUGUCAUGGGCCUCUCGAACAUGGCCGUUACGCGUCUGCAUCAGACCUGGGAGAAGAUACCAUCGAAAUUCCGUAAAAUCUUUCAGGAGUUCGAGGCGCUGAUCGAUCCCAGUCGCAAUCAUCGCGCCUAUCGCGUGUUCGUUGGCAAGCUGCAGCCACCGCUGAUACCGUUUAUGCCGCUGCUGCUCAAGGACAUGACCUUCGCCCACGAGGGCAACAAGACCAGCCUCGACGGCCUGGUCAACUUUGAGAAAAUGCACAUGAUGGCCCAGACCAUGCGCACCAUACGCUUCUGUCGCUCACGCAGCCUGGGCCUGGAGCCGCCUUCACCCAAAAGCGAGGGCGAGGUGCGCUCGUACAUUAGCAGUUUUCGUGUGAUUGACAAUCAGCGGGUGUUGACCGCCAUGUCGCAGAAGGUGGAGCCCACCAGGAAGCUAAAUUAAGCACAGACAACAAACAACAAGAAACAUCAAAUCUAAAUGUCAAGUCGUCGCAUAGUCCCAACUAGUAUUAGCGCGUAUUUAAUGUCUACAACACGAUACAUCUAAAUUUAUAAAUAACAAUGAAUAUACAUAUAUAUAUAUAUGCAUAUAUACAUACAUUUAUGACGAGUAUAAACUGUAAUUAACUGCACAGUUAUGAGCUUAGCUGAGUUGAUUUUUAGCUGCUGCCCCGCUAGCGACCAACCAGUGCAUUCAAAACUAAAAAAAAAAAAUAAAAGAAAAAAGCAAACUAAUACAAACAUUAUAUUCUAAUAAACUGAACAAAACAAUUAACUUUUAUUCAUGUUAGAGAGCAACUAAGUAAUAUUUAUGUAAGCUUGCCUAAACAACAACAAAAACAACUAUCUCAAUUUUCUAAAUGAACUGAAAAACACAAAGAGAAAACUUUUUGCUUUAGUACAAAAAUGAAAACAAAAAAAAAAAACAUUUGGCUUUUGGUUUGUUGGGGAAUUGAGGACCCAAAUGGAAAUUGCAAACAAAACAAAUGGGCGUGUGUGAUACUAAAAAUUUAGAGAAAGCGACAGCAACAGUAACAACAACAAUGAUAAACAAAAACAAAUUGUACUAAAUCUAUUUCCUA